UAUUGUAUAAAAAAAUAGCAUUAGGACUUGGUUAAACGAAAUCUUAUAGUACUAUAGUACUAAAAUUUCAAUGAAGUGCACUGAAACUGAUGCAAUAAAAAAGGCUAAUGGGAGCAUAGUUCAAGGUACGAUACAUCAUUUUUCUUCCCAACAUUUGACUGCAAUUCGAGGGUAUAGAAGCUUCAAUUCUUGUUUUGUUUUUUCCUUGGGAUACAUAACCAGAUCUUCUAUUAUACUAUAAUACUUACCAUGUAGUUUAUAGUAUUCGGUAUUUAUUAAUCGAUUCCUACUUGUUUUCAAAGCAAAUUAGUCAGACUUAAUAAAGAACAGCUGUAAACCUUGGUGAUUAAAGUUAAUCCUUAUAACCAUAUUCACGCCACACACAAAAGGGUGCUACGUUGUAUAUUACACGUACACACGUUCUUUAUACACUUAUAUAUGUAUACUGAUAAAUCCGAUUAGUAAAAUUUGCAAAUUGAAUAAUAUAAUAUUUGUAGGAGUAGAUACAAUACUAGUUAUAUUUUUUAUAAAAAAAUUGAACAUGAAACACUAUUAAAGAAAAAUAUGACUAUUGGUAACAUCAUAUAUAUUGUAUAUUAGAAAAUGUUAAAGUUAACUAAAAAGUAAGAAGAGAAAACUGAUUUAUUUACAUAUAAUAACACAUAAACAAUUCAAUAUGAUGUAUGAUGAGUUUGUAAGAUAAUUUGCUCAUAAGAUUUACAAGAAAUUGCAGUGAACAAAAAAAAGAUUUAUAAGAAAUUGCAUAUUCUAGAGAAUAUCUAUUUUUAGUUGUGCAUAAAGAUAGUUUUAAAUCAACAAGAAAAGUUACAAUAGGAAUUGCGGAUACAAUAAAGUAUUUCUCAUAUAUUUCUGUGACCAGCUUUGCUAUAUUAAAUUGAAAAGAAAAUAAUAGUGGCACUAAUCCAUAGAAAGCCGAGUCUCUCCCUCAUCUCUUUCUAUCUCAAAGAAGAAGAAAGAGAGAGACAGAAACCCUAAACAUCGUGCCCUUUAAGCUACGAUAUCUUCAGUUUUGUUGAAGUUCAUUUUGCUUGCUUGUUUGCCUUCUCUCUUUCACUGUCUUCUACCUCUUGCCUCUAACAGAAGCAAUACUUUCCGACCUCCAAGGGCAAAGGAGAAAAGGGAAGCAUCUUUAAUUUUUUUUAAAGAAGAGUACGCAUAAUGGAGAUAGGCUCGUCGUCCACAGUGGCCGGAGGAGGACAGCUCUCGGUGCCUCCAGGUUUUCGGUUUCAUCCAACCGAGGAGGAGCUUCUCUAUUAUUACCUCAAGAAGAAGGUUUCUUAUGAACCAAUUGAUUUAGAUGUCAUUAGAGAAGUUGAUCUCAACAAGCUUGAACCUUGGGAUCUUAAAGAAAAAUGCAGAAUCGGGUCGGGUCCUCAAAACGAGUGGUACUUCUUUAGCCACAAGGACAAGAAAUAUCCAACUGGAACCCGAACGAACCGGGCCACUGCAGCCGGGUUCUGGAAGGCUACUGGUAGAGACAAAUCCAUACACCUAAACAGCUCCAAGAAGAUUGGACUUCGUAAGACUCUUGUCUUCUACACUGGUCGUGCUCCUCAUGGCCAAAAAACUGAAUGGAUCAUGCACGAAUAUCGCCUAGACGAUAACGAAAACGAGAUCCAGGAAGAUGGGUGGGUUGUAUGCAGAGUGUUCAAGAAGAAGAACCAUUUUAGAGGAUUUCACCAAGAACAAGAUCAAGAUCAUCAUCAUCACCAAUACAUAAGCACCAACAAUGAUCAUGAUCACCAUCAUCAUCAGCAUCACACUGAAUCCAAUUCAAACAAUCAUUCUUCUUUGAUCCCACUAUCUCUGGAUCAUCAUCAUCAUAACAUGGGAAGACAGAUCCACAUGCCGUUACAUGAGUUUUCAAACACUUUAAGCCACGGGUCAAUGCAUCUCCCUCAGCUCUUUAGCCCUGACUCGGCCGCAGCAGCAGCAGCAGCCCAACCGUUUGUGUUGUCAAUCAACACAACAGACAUUGAAUGCUCACAGAAUCUACUGAGGCUGACUUCUAACAACAACAACUAUGGCGGAGACUGGUCGUUUCUGGACAAGCUUCUCACUACGACCAACAUGAAUCAGCAGCAGCAAGUGCAGAACCAUCAGGCAAAAUGUUUUGGUGACUCAAGUAACAACGACCAGGCUGUUACUCAUGACCAUCUGGGCAAUAAUAAUGGUAAUGAAAGGUUCCCGUUUCACUAUCUGGGAAACGAUGCUAAUCUUCUCAAGUUCCCAAAGUAGACCAAAUCAAAUUUGAUUUGAUUUGUUCAAUCUCAUGUUUUCAAUUUUACUCUCUUCUUUAAGCUGUUGGACUUAUCACAGCAACCACGUUAAUGUUUCUGAAAUCUGUUACAUUUUUCUUCUAUAAUUCGGUCUUUCAUUAAUGAAAAACUACCCUCAAGGUUCAA